AUGCGUGGUUUGGAAUAUGACUGGGGGAAACAAUCCAAACUUGUUUGCAUCCCUAUUCGUGCAGAUGCAGACCCUAGUUGUUUCAGACCAGGUGAGGCUUCACAUGGGAAUGUACAUGGAGCUCCACUUGGGCCAAACAGCAAUGUACAGGGGAAUGGCCAUGGGAAUGGACAUCAUGGGGAAGUUAGCGGUCUGCCGAGUAGUCACAGCAGCAGUAGUAGUAGCCGACAUGGCAUAUCUGAUGAGGCCAAAGCCACCAUCCUCCACCUGAGGGAGAGCCUUGUGCGACAAAAGGAGACCAUCUUGGAUCAGCGAGAGACCAUUCGGGAACUGACAGCAAAACUGACUCUCUGCGAGAGCUUUGGAAGAGGACACCAUGAUGACAGCCAUCAUGGCCCUUCACAUCACAACUCUCAGCAUUCUUCAAACCAUUAUGACAGCCACCAUGCUGACCCACACUUCCCUUUGAACGGGCAUCGCAGUGACCAUCACAGAGGCAAAUCUCCAUAUCUGGGCAAACACAGCUUCUCCCCAGAACAGACAGGAAAGACCCUGCAGGCCCUGAAGGAGAGGCUGGAAAAUAUUCAGGCAAGAAAUUCAUCCAGUUCCUAUUCAAGUUCAUUGAGAGACCUCCUGCAGCGGAAGAUUAACGCACUAGAAGAACAGCUCCAUCAUCACUAUGACAGUAAUAAUAACCACCACAAUAACCACCAUGAUGACCAUCAUGAUAACCAUGACCACAACAACAACCACCACGAUGAUCAUCAUGACACCCACCACAAAAACAACCACCACGAUGAUCAUCAUGACACCCACCACAAAAACAACCACCACGAUGAUCAUCAUGACACCCACCACAAAAACAACCACCACGAUGAUCAUCAUGACACCCACCACAAAAACAACCACCACGAUGAUCAUCAUGAUGAUGGGCAUCAUGGCAGUGGACAACAUGGAAAUGAUGAUCAUGUCCACCAUCUACAAACCUCAAUCCAACCACCAGGGUCAAGAGUACCUGUCCGUGGAGCCAUCAACAAAUUAGAUGCAGUGCUGAGUAACCUUCAACACAGAACUCCAGAACCAGGACCAAAUAAGAAGCCCAAGAAUCCUGAUGCUUUUCAGAUUGGCUUCCCGAUGCGCACCAAUUACAUGUAUGGGCGAAUUAAGCGCAUCCUUCUGAGUGAGAUUUUUGCCCUCACAGUCUGUCUUUGGUUGAAAGGGGGCUCAGGUCCUGGGAUCGGAACCCCAUUCUCCUACUCUGUCCCGGGUCAGGCCAACGAACUUGUCCUGAUUGAAUGGGGCAACAAUCCCAUGGAGCUGCUAGUGAAUGACAAGGCAGUUACUCUUCCUCUUUCUCUGACGGACAGUAAGUGGCACCACCUCUGUAUAACAUGGUCCACACGUGACGGCAUGUGGGAGGCUUAUCUGGACGGUGUAAAAAGGGGCUCUGGAGAGAAUCUGUCCCCGUGGCAUCCCAUUAAACCAGGAGGAGUCUUCAUCCUUGGACAGGAGCAGGACACUCUGGGCGGCCGUUUUGAUGCCACACAGUCUUUUGUGGGUGAGAUGUCGGAUCUGCAGCUGUGGUCGCGUGUGCUCACCUCUACUGAGAUCUACAACCAAGUGUCCUGCUCCAGCCAUCUCACCGGUGACGUCAUCACCUGGAGCGAGUCCAUGGUGGAACUUCACGGAGGUGUCACAAAGUAUCCGUUUGACCCAUGUCAUUAGG